AUGAACGGCUACUUCUGGGACGCAGAGAAGAAGAAAUACUUCAGGAUCCAAACCCAAACCGCAGCCCAAGGAUCAAAUCUCAAAUAUUCCUCAGCAAAUAUCAAGAAGACAGAGCGCAAAGAGCGCAUCCAGAAUGUCGCACUCGCGCGUUCCAAUAAGCUUAAAAAGGAGCGGGUCGUCAGGCGCAACACGAACAGCUUCGCCCAGACAAACAUCGAUAGGGAAAUCGGCCUGGAAAGACGGUCACGCUAUGUCCACGGUCUUUGGCCUGACGCAUGCGCAGCCGGCAUUCAAGAACGUCCCGAAAAGGUGCUACCUCCAUGUGGACUCCGACUCUUUGCCAAAGACCCAGUACAUCACACGAUAUACACAGUCCAAGGUGAGAACAGUGUGCACAGGCAGACUGCAGAUCGCGGGAGUCCCAGCGUCCCAUCAGAGGAUUACUAUUCCAUACCCAAGUCGUCUUCACUAAAGAGUAUCUAUUCGUGGUAUCCACGAGAAGAGGUAACGCGAACGACAUCUACAGUCUCCUCGUUGUCCUUUCUACCGGCGACCGGCGCGCUUGCGGUAACGACCUAUGGGUCGGAUCGACCGCCAGAAGUAUGGCUCAGCGACCCGGGACGCGACGAUCCAGUAAGUUAA